AUGUCUGCCGAAAAGAGUGAAGACGUUUGUCAACAUUAUGUGAGAAAAUGUUGCUUAGUGGUGAGUGCCAAUGUCAAAUAAUGCAUUUAAUGUAAAUUAAAUAUUGUAUUUUAUUAAAAGAUAAUAAAUUAAAUGUUUUAUACGUCAAAGAAUCAAGAUACUUUUAGAGAAAUGUAUAAACUACAGUAUAAAUCUUUAAUACAUUUUCUUAUUCAGAGUCCAUGUUGUAAUAAAGUGUAUCCAUGUCGUUUGUGCCAUGAUGAAAAAGAAAAUCACAAAUUGGUUCGAGCUAAUGUUAAAUUUAUAGAAUGUUUGCAGUGUGGUUCCAGGCAGAAG